CCACCCCCGCGCCAGCUCGCCCCGCCUCCCCGACGCCUCCGCCAAUACUUCCAGCGCCUGUCGCCUUUCUGGAACCAGCAGCGCACAGCUGGGAAGAAAAGAUGUUUUCUGUCGUGACCCGCCAACCGUGUGAGCAAGCAGGCCUCAAGGCUCUCUCCCGAACUCCAGUCAUUAUCACCUUGGUGGUCCUGCUUGUGAGCAUUGUGGUGCUUGUGGCUAUCACACUCAUCCAGAUCCGCCACCCAGAGAUCCUCCCUCCAGGACUAAAGUAUGGAAUUGUGCUGGAUGCCGGAUCUUCUAGAACCACUGUCUACGUGUAUCAGUGGCCCGCAGAGAAGGAGAAUAAUACUGGAGUGGUCAGUCAAACCUUCAAAUGUAGUGUGAAAGGUUCUGGUAUCUCCAGCUAUGGGAAUAACCCCCAAGACGCUCCCAAAGCCUUUGAGGAUUGCAUGCUAAAAGUCAAGGGGCAGGUCCCAGAGCACCUCCACGGAUCCACCCGCAUUUACCUAGGAGCCACGGCUGGGAUGCGCUUGCUGAGGUUGCAAAAUGAAACAGCAGCUAAUGAAGUCCUUGCAAGCAUCCAAAGCUACUUCAAGUCCCAGCCUUUUGAUUUUAGGGGUGCUCAAAUCAUUUCUGGGCAAGAGGAAGGGGUAUAUGGAUGGAUUACAGCCAACUAUAUAAUGGGAAAUUUCCUGGAGAAGAACUUGUGGCACAUGUGGGUGCAUCCACAUGGAGUGGAAACCACAGGUGCUCUGGAUUUGGGCGGUGCCUCCACCCAGAUAUCCUUCGUGGCAGAAGAGAAGAUGGGGCUAAACAUCAGUGACAUCGUGCAGGUGUCCCUGUAUGGCUACACAUACACGCUGUACACACACAGCUUCCAGUGCUACGGCCGGAAUGAAGCUGAGAAGAGGUUUCUGGCGAUGCUCCUGCAGAAUUCUCCCACUGAAACCAAUCUCACCAACCCCUGCUACCCUCGGAAUUAUAGCACCACCUUCACUGUGGACCACGUAUUUGACAGCCUGUGCACUGAGAAGCAGAGGCCAACAAGUUACGACCCCAAUAGCCUCAUCACUUUUGAAGGAACUGGGAACCCAUCACUGUGUAGGGAGAAGGUGGCUUCCAUAUUUGACUUCAAAGCUUGCCAUGAUCAAGAAGGCUGUUCCUUUGAUGGGACUUAUCAGCCAAAGGUUCAAGGGCCAUUUGUGGCAUUUGCAGGAUUCUACUACACAGCCAGUGCUUUAAAUCUUUCUGGGAGUUUUUCCCUGGACUCCUUUAACUCAAGUACAUGGAAUUUCUGCUCCCAGGAUUGGAGUGAGCUCCCAUUCCUGCUCCCCAAAUUUGAUGAGGUGUAUGCCCGCUCCUACUGCUUCUCAGCCCACUACAUCUACCACUUGCUUAUAAAUGGAUACAAAUUCACAGAGGAGACUUGGCCCCGAAUACGUUUUGAAAAAGAAGUCGGGAACAGCAGCAUCGGCUGGUCCCUAGGUUACAUGCUCAGCCUGACCAACCAGAUCCCAGCAGGGAGCCCCCUGAUCCGCCUGCCUAUACAGCCGACUGUCUUUGUGGGCAUUCUUGCCUUCUUCACAGCCACAGCCCUGCUGUGCCUCGCAUUUCUUUUGUACCUAUGUUCAAUGUCCAGGACAAAGAGGCGCUCUGAGCGUGUCUUUGACCAUGCAGUGGAUUCUGAGUGAGCCUUCAGAGCAGUUCCUGGAGCCCCAGGGUUCCCUAGAACCAGCCUGGGGAGCACCAUGCAGUGCAAGUGAAGUGGCCACCUUCAGGAAAUACUACUAAAGUCAAACACCUAGGUCACGUGCUGCUUGGAUACCGACUUCUGCCAAAAUGCCUCUUGGGGAAUCCCUCAACAAUUCUGUGCACAUUGAUCCUCCAGGCACCCUUCUAUCCAUUUGUUGAUCUAUUGGGAAACAGGAGAGAGAGGCCAUCCCCCAGAGGAAGAGGAAUUUGAGAAUAUAACAGUUUUAUAUAGAGGAAUUGACCUCAGGGCUCAGUUUCCAUUUUCCCCUCCUUCAGUGUUCCUUGUGGCAAGACACCCGUUAAGCAUUUAAUCCAGUCAUAUAUCUUACCUUGUGACUUUCUCCCAUUGGCCCUUAACCAAGACUUUCUUUUAGCAACCUCAUAAGCAUCGAAAUCCUUCAUAUUGGUAGAAUAUAGUAUCUGGGAGAGAAGACUCCCCAAAAAAGUGGCCAUAGCCAGGCUUCUGUCGUGCAGGUAGAGCACAGAGCACAGAAGAUACACAGAAGUGUCCCAAAACACUGCAGCCAUUCCCAAAAUGGAGCUCCCAGUCGGGGCUCUGGUUCCUAGGUUGCAACCUGUGUGAGUAUCCUCCUGCACAUCUCACCGUCAUUGCUCUGCCCUCUUCUAGAACUCAUUUACUCCUAGUGAGGGUAUUGCAUUCCAGAACUUAUUGCCUUCACUAGGCUUUUGCUUCAGCCUGCCUUUCCAUUAUUAGCACGUUCUCUGUAUUUUGCCCACCAUUCCCAUAGGCAUCUUUGAUAACCACGGCAGGCAUUCUGUUCUAUGAUUUGCUCCUCAGUUCUUUCCUAGGUCUUAGGCCUCUCUACCAAGUAGCCAUAAGACUCAACUUGGGGAAAGAAACAAAAGCUGCAGGAAUAUUUGCCUCCAACGUGAGAUAAGAAGAACUUCAGCAAGUAUAGUAGCUACAAACUAAAAGUCAACACUAUUUCAGAUUGUCAUUUGUUAGAUGAAAAAUGGAAUAAAGAACUCUUAUUUUGACUUUCAA